CAAUUCCAUCAGAAACAAGAGGAACAAGAGAAACAGGAGAAACAACACUUACUACAGGCUUCACUGGAACUGAAUCAAGUCGAACUGAAGAAACCAGUUCAGGUCUUACAUCAGUUAGUACAGUAGAAGGUAGCACACCUAGUUACACGGUUUUAACAACACUAACUGGUUCAACUACUGAAGCAGUGUCAGGAACAACUACGAAGAUAUGUGAAGAAAUGCAAGCUGUAGAUGAAGCUGUUAGGAGCCAUUCACAUAUUACGUCAUCACUUUUUCUUAAUUUUUAG